AUGGGAGCGAUAUGGCCUCCCUGCCGACCCGGGCUCCUGUGUUUUGCUUUUCUGAUCAUCCCCGUUCUGUUUCAGCAGACUGCUGCGGAAAGGGAACUGAAGUUUGUGGUCGUAGUUUUCCGACAUGGUGACCGAACACCAAUUAUAAACUUUCCAACCGAUCUACACAAAGAAAGUGAAUGGCCCCAGGGAUUUGGACAACUUACCAAGACUGGAAUGCAGCAGCUGUAUGAACUGGGGCAGUACAUGAGGAAAAGAUAUUCCAACUUUCUGAACAGCACAUACAACCGGCAAGAGUUUUAUAUCCAAAGUACAGACUAUGAUCGCACCAUUAUGAGUGCCCAGUCAUGCCUUUCUGGCCUCUUCCCACCAACCAGCAGCCAAAUCUGGAACCCUGAGCUUCCCUGGCAACCCAUUCCUGUUCAUAUUGUGUCAAAAUCAUCAGACCGGAGGCUGCAUUUUCCUCUGAACGACUGUCCCCGAUUUGACGAACUUCAGAAUGAAACGCAAACCUCUAAUGAAUUUCAAAGUAGAAUACAACCAUACAUGGAUUUUUUACAAACGAUGGCAGUUAACACAGGACUUGAACUAAACAAUCUUAAAAUACUGGACAAUUUCGAAAUCUGGAAUACAUAUGACACACUAUAUUGUGAGGGUAUUCACAAUUACAGUCUCCCUGUCUGGGCCACCAAAGAUGUAAUGGACAAGAUGAAAAAUCUGGCAGAAUUGUCCUUACUGUCAUUAUUUGGAGUUUAUAAAACAGAAGAGAAGUCACGACUCCAGGGAGGUGUCCUUGUGAAUACUAUUUUAAAAAGCAUUAAACAAGCUGCUAAUUCUUCAAGAGAAAGAAAAAUGGAGGUCUAUUCUGCACACGACACCACAGUUGGGGCCCUCCAGAUUGCUCUCAAUAUUUUCAAUGGAAAGCUACCACCAUAUGCUGCUUGCCAGUUUUUUGAGCUUUAUCAAGAAAGCAGUGGACGGUAUAGCAUUGAAAUGUAUUAUCGGAAUGAUACCUCAAAGGAUCCUUACCUCCUCACUCUGCCAGGAUGCACCUCUUCUUGUCCACUUGAGAAGUUCGCAGAACUUGUUUCUCCUAUGAUUGCAGAAAACUGGUCAAAAGAAUGUGGAAAGAAAGAUAAAAUGAAAGAUAUGUUUAUAGGAUUUGAUGUUGCUGUUGGCUUGUUGUUCAUUGUUGACCUUGUGUUGCUCUAUCUCCUUUACCAUUACGGGCGCUGCAGGCGCAGAAACAAUUAUCAAGACCUCUAA